AUGAGUCAACAGCGUACUAUACCUUCUUCUUCCUCUGCUAAUACCACCACUACUACUAACGAAUUUCAACCAUCUAAUUUCAACAUCUCUACCUAUCCUGCUCCUCCUCCUCCUCCAGCACCUGUAGCCAAGCUUGAUCUUCCUGAUCAAUCGAUUGUAUAUCCAGGUGCUUCAUUUUACGUUUCUCCAAUGACAACUACUCAACCUUCACCUUCUAAUUCUUCUUAUUACUACGACAGUCAGUAUCAACAUCAACAGUUUAUUCAGCAAAAUAGUCCUGAUUCAACCUUCAUGUCGUCCUCUCCACCUGCUCAUCCACCUUCUCAUCACCAUCAGCCCACUAGAAUUAACACUUGCUCGCCCUCUUCCAUCAUGAUUCAAGACCCACCCAUGUUGGUUGCUUCUUCCUCUUCAACCACAACAACAUCUACCAUGUCUUCUUCGUCUGUGGAUUUCUUGAAUGAGGCAUUUGCAAAGGCAACUUCUUUACCCGAAUCCUUUUAUCCGGAAUUCUUGCAAUACUCAAAGGAAACCUACGAGCAAUCUACUGGCGGUGGCCCCAAUCGUAAAAAGCAAAGAAGAUGUGCUGAAAACAAGGAUAAUGAUCAAGCCAAGUUCGAGUCGCAACCUCAACAACAACCUCAACAACAGCAACAACAACAAAAUGAAGCUGAAGGUGAAUCUGAUGAGAAUGAAGAACAUAACAGCAACUUGACCUCCACCGAGCUUCGAAGACAAAUUCACAUCCAGUCUGAGCAAAAGAGAAGAGCUCAAAUCAAGGAUGGCUUUGAAGAACUGAGAAACGAAUUGCCUGCCUGUUUGAAUAAAAAGAUGAGCAAAGUUGCCUUGUUGCAUCGCACUGUUCAACAUAUUCAGCAUCUAAAAGACACUCAAAUGUCCAUCUUGUCCGAAUUGGAACGACUUGUUCAUGAGAACGAGCAACUUCGCAAAUUCCAAGAAGGUGUCCUUCAGAAACAAGCUUUGGAGAACAUGUACACCAUGACAAACAUGUAA